AUGGUCUGGGCUGUGCUCACAAAGGACUCGGUGAGCUUUUUUGACAGUCAGAGCUUCAGAUGCUUUGCAUACAUCACCAACAUGCACUACGACUGGCUCUGUGAUAUUGCUUGGACUCACGAUGGCAGAGCGUUACUAGUUGCAUCGAUGGAGGGCUAUGUCAGUGUCAUCAGAUUCAGUGAAGGUGCGUUAGGUGAAGAGUAUGUUGGGCCCCUGGUGCGUUUGUCACCGCCUGUUUUUGAGGAGCCCAAGAAACAAAAACGGGGUGAGUAG